CGUUCCCAAGCCGCAGGCUGGGACAGCACCCGCUCAGCUGCGCAUGCUCCGUGCGGGGGGGGGCGGGGCUCUGGCCGGAAGCGUUCUCUCCCAGGCGGCAUUUCGUUCCUGUGCUAGGCCGGGUUAAACCUCCUGUCGUCUCUGGUCCUGCCUCUGGGUUAACAAUCAAGAUGGUGCAUGCUGAAGCCUUUUCUCGUCCAUUGAGUCGGAACGAAGUUGUUGGUUUAAUUUUCCGUUUGACAAUAUUUGGUGCAGUAACAUACUUCACUAUCAAGUGGAUGGUAGACGCAAUUGACCCAACCAGAAAGCAGAAGGUAGAAGCUCAGAAACAGGCGGAAAAACUGAUGAAGCAAAUUGGUGUGAAAAAUGUGAAGCUUUCAGAGUAUGAGAUGAGUAUCGCUGCUCAUCUAGUAGACCCUCUUAAUAUGCAUGUUACUUGGAGUGAUAUAGCAGGUUUAGAUGAUGUCAUUACAGAUCUGAAAGAUACAGUCAUCUUACCUAUCAAAAAGAAGCAUUUGUUUGAGAAUUCCAGGCUUCUGCAGCCUCCAAAAGGUGUUCUUCUCUAUGGACCUCCAGGCUGUGGGAAAACGUUAAUUGCCAAAGCUACAGCCAAAGAAGCAGGCUGUCGAUUUAUUAACCUUCAGCCUUCGACACUGACUGAUAAGUGGUAUGGAGAAUCUCAGAAACUGGCUGCUGCUGUUUUCUCCCUUGCCAUAAAGUUACAGCCUUCUAUCAUAUUUAUAGAUGAAAUAGACUCUUUUCUACGAAAUCGUUCAAGUUCUGACCAUGAAGCUACAGCGAUGAUGAAAGCACAGUUUAUGAGUCUCUGGGAUGGACUGGAUACUGAUCACAGCUGCCAGGUCAUAGUGAUGGGAGCUACCAAUCGCCCUCAAGACCUGGACUCUGCUAUAAUGAGAAGAAUGCCUACAAGAUUUCAUAUCAACCAGCCAGCUCUAAAACAAAGAGAAGCAAUCUUGAAGCUUAUCCUGAAAAACGAAAAUGUGGAUAGACAUGUAGAUCUUCUAGAAGUUGCCCAGGAAACUGAUGGGUUUUCAGGAAGUGACCUAAAAGAAAUGUGUCGAGAUGCUGCCCUCCUCUGUGUCAGGGAAUAUGUUAAUUCUACAUCAGAAGAAAGUCAUGAUGAAGAUGAAAUCCGGCCUGUGCAGCAGCAGGACCUGCAUCGGGCGAUCGAAAAGAUGAAGAAAUCAAAGGAUGCAGCUUUUCAGAAUGUUUUGACACAUGUGUGUUUAGAUUAGGAGUAAAGAUCAUUUGUGCGGUUCUGUGAUCUCGUGGGAUGUGCUCUCAUCCUUAAGCAGUGAAGGGAGAUCCAUGCUUGUGGUUUUAUACUCAGAUCCUAAGUUAGUGAGGUCUGUUAUAUAAAUGGUGUUACUGCUUGUCAGAAAUCAUGCGGAGGAAGUUGAGUCCAGCCUGAGUGUGGGUGCUUGUUUGACCUUUCUAGCCAUAUGCUGUUAUAGCCUUAUAGAGUCUAAGCUGGUCUUAAAGUAGUAAGUGAUUUGUUGAGUCAUUAGUGAGGAGUGGGAUGUGGUCAGGUGCUGGUUUCUAGACAUGUGAGUAUGAAUGUGAGUGUGUAUGGACGAGUGUAUAUCAAAUGUAUAUAUCCACAUUUUUAAAAAAUAUUCUGUAGAUAGGUUUAAAUACAGAAGCUUUUUUUUUCCCCCCUUUACCCCAAGUGUGGAAUCCAAAAGCGCCAGGUAGUCUAUAGCAAAACUGGGACUUAAGGCAGGGUCUAACAGGUACAAUGUGACCUAGCCAUUCCCAGUUGUCACUUGUUUUGCCUGUUUUUAAGUUGAAAUUUUCCUCUGCAGUUGGUUGAAUCAAUCACACCUGACUAUGUACAUGUGUGUCAAUUAUAUUGCUUAUCAGGAGAAUCAAAGACAAACACGACCUGCUCAGCGAUCAGCAUUGAUCCCACCUCAUUCUCCUGUGAUACUGAGUACACUUUUUAAAGGUUUACACUAAGAAUGAUUGAAAACCUUUGAAAAGAGUGGGUUGGAGAAACCUCAGUGCUUUCAAUAUGUGUACAUGACUCAGUGUAACAGUUUUAUAACUGUAUUCCUUAAAUGUUGUUUGAAAGUUACAUGUUCUUUAAUUAUGCUCAAAUUUAAUUUGGUCACCCAAACAAAAUGAUAGUUUAUAUAGUCAUUACUAAAUGUGCUUUGAAAGAUACUUAUUUUGUAACUUAAAAAAUGUUCUCAGCAUAGUAAAAUUGUGUACAAAUAUACACAUGAGAAUUCUUUGUUGAAUAUGUAGUCACUUGAUGCUCUGUGAACCACAUAUAAAACUUCUUUUUUCAAACCUCCAGGAACCAGAAUUCUUUGCAGGCACCUCAACAUAUGACAGAGCAAGAAGAUAACGCCACAGUGCAAUCUGAAGGUGCCUCUGAAUCCACAGAAAGAUUAAAUUAUGGCAAAAAUGCUUUGUUUUUAUUAUUUGUUUUAUUUCUUUGAAAACUAAAUUUUCAUGUGUUUUUAGAUUAAUUUCUCUAGCAGUGUGUCCCACAAGAACUACUGGACACUUGGUUUCUCCAUCUGUGCUUUGGUGGUUGUAGCUUGCAGGAGGACACUUAGGCUGACAGAAAGUAAGCCACGGAAGAUUGUG